AUGACGAGGCAAACUGACAAUCUUGAUUCCUUAAGCGAUGCAGCGGGAGACGAGUGGGGUGUGGCGGGUGUGGGGCGAGGGUGGGGGGUGGGAGAGAGUGUGAGCGGGUGUGGAGGGGGUGCGCGCCCGGCGGCUGCCUCAGUCGGCCGGGAGCGCGCGAAGGAGCGCGGCGCGGCCGUGAUGGUCAACACGAGUUGCGCCGUGUUCCGCUGCGGCUCGACAUCUCACAAGCACAAGGGCAUCAGGUUCCACCAGUUCCCAAGAGAUGAGAGAUGCCCUGCAUGGAUCAAUGCUUGCAAGAGAGAGGAUUUAAAGGGCAAAGAUGCUGAACAGCUUAAGCAUAUGCAUAUAUGCAGCUUGCAUUUCGAGCAGCGCAUGUACGGGAAACAGCUGUUGAAGAAAUCUGCUGUACCAACCUUAAACCUCCCAGCCACUCUGACGCACACCAUCGGAACCCAGACCGAAACCUUCGACCCCUCAGUAUUACAGGUUUGUGCGCAACAGGGCGUACAAGUGUGCACGAGCCAGGGCGUGCAGACUGAUGAUGAGAUCUUCUAUGUAAUGUCCGAACAUGAAAUGGCGCCCGAAGUUUCUGGCAACCCAUACUACUACGACAAUAACCAGAGGAAUUACUACGUGAAAGACGACCAUCGCAACGGUGUAAACGAGAUAAACGGUCUCGCAGAUAACUCCAACUAUAUAACGAUCGAGCAGUUUCUGUCCGGAUGCGACGCCUUCUUGCCGGACGGUCUGAACGCUCUCAUCAAAUCUCAUAUUACCCUCUCCUUGGAAUAUAACGACCACAAUUUACUGCCAUAGACUGCGGUCUUAACCUUUCGAAAACGGUGGUUGUAACUCAAUGUACUGUCAAUCCAUUUUUGAUCAAAUGUUGAAAAAUAAAUUAUUUUUAAUUGUAAUUUAAAAGGUGUACGUUAUCCAAUAAUGAAUUGUUCAUUGUAUCAACGAAUUUUUCUUAAGCGUACCUUAUUGUAGUUACUAUUACUAUAACGUUACCUAUUAUUACCUAUUUAUUUUAGAUUUACUUGUAAUUAAUAUAACUAUACCUAUUGUUAGUGUUUACGAUCUCCUAGUGUUGAAAGAAUUAUCAUGUUUCCAAUAAACACUGAUCUCAUUAUUUUAAUAAAACAUUGAUCUCUGGA